AUGGGCCGGCCAGCCCUCCACGCGGCGGCUGCGUCCCCCGACGCGCAAGCACCACGCCCUGACCGAAAAUUCGAAGCCCGGGCGUUCCCGACAACGCUCAUCGUCGCCGCCGCCCUGCUCGGCGGCGCGUCGUACCAUCUCUUCGCACCGGCCGGCCGGCCCGCCACUCUCAACCAGGACACCUUCGUCCCGUACGCAAUCACCGGCCGCGACGUGAUAUCCCCCGCGUCCGUGCUGCUGACGGUCCGCCCGCGCCGGCGCGACACCGCCCCGCCGUACCUGACGCCCGGGCCGGAGGCGCGGUGGAAGCACGCCCUCUGGUCCGUCGAGUUCAAGCAGCCCGAGUUGCAGAUCGCGCGGCACUACACGCCGCUGCCGGCGCGGGACGGCCACGACGACGACGACGACGACGACGACGCCCGGGCGGGCACGCUGCGCUUCUACGUGCGCGCCGUGGCGGGGGGCGAAAUGUCCAGCUACCUCGGGCGCCUGCCCGUGGGCAGCGACGUGCACCUGCGGGGGCCGCACGCCGGGUUCGACGUGCUGCGCAGGCUGGGCGCGCGGCGCCGCGUCGUCUUCCUGGCGGGGGGGACGGGCAUCGUCCCGGGCAUGCAGGUCGCCCGGGCGGUGCUGGACGCCGACGCCGGCGCCGACGUCCAGAUCCUGUGGGCGGUCCGGUCGGCCGGCGAGGUGCGCGCCGCGGCGGGGGCAGGAGAAGACGCUGCGGCGCCGUGGCCGCCGCGGCGCGGGUUCUGGGGCGGCGCCGCGCGGCCCGCGGACCUGACGCCCGGCAUGGAGGGCGCGACCGCCAUAGCCGCGGAGCUGCAGGCCCUCCAGGCCAGGUACGGCGACCGGCUCGCCGUCCGGGUGGCGGUGGAUGAGCUCCGCACCCGCUUCACCGCCGGGGAUGUGCAGAGCGCCGUGGGCCGGGGCGGCAGCACGCCGGCGGCGGGGAGCGGUCGCGCGUGCAAGCUGCACGACCAACUGCUCCACCAGCAGGCGACCGAGCUUGAGCCAGCCGCGAUGCCUUGCCGGUGCGCCCCGGCGUCCAGCCCGGGAAAGAACCUCUUCAUCGUCUCCGGGCCCGAGGGCUUCGUUGCCCACUACGCCGGGCAAAAGAUCUGGCGCGACGGCGUCCUGACCCAGGGUCCGGUCGGCGGCGUGGCUGCCCAGCUGCAGCGCGAGAACGCCUCGUUCGCCAACGACUGGCUGGUGCUGAAACUCUAA